UUUUCUGCUAGUAAAAGGACAUGUGGUCACCUAAAAGAAUUGAUAAGCUGGCUUUUAAACAAUAAGAUUGCAGAUAUUAAGUAGUCAACUUAAAUAAUCUAGUAGAAGUUUGUCGUGUGAAGUGUUUUAGGAGAGGUCAAGUCUUCAAAGAGAAUUAAAGUACACAUUUAGUAUACGUAACUAUUACACAUAAAUCAAUGUGAAACAAAAUAUUCAUGCUCAGUUAGACGCUAGGUGACGCCCUGAGGGAAAAAAAUACCCACGACUAUUUACACACACCUGCAAAAGACACGCCUAAACUAAGAGAAUGAACGAUUCGAACUCUACUACUACGUCUAUCCUUACUUAUACAACGGAUAAAGAAAAUUUUGCAGAAAAUUCAGAAAAAAAUAUUUUAAAUUGGUGUCUACUUAUCAUUGUUUUAAUGGCAAUAAUUUUGAAUUCGUUUAUUUGUCUAGCUAUUUGCAGAAAUUACAAACCCCAGCGUUGUGGUUUGAGACAAACACUUUUUUCAUUUUCCUUUUCUCAUGUUAUUUAUUCAACAAUGGCAGGAUCAUUAACCCUCUAUCAAACAAUAUAUUUAGCCGAUAUGUCGCCCUGGGCUUGUAAAUUAUGGCAAACGGCGGAAAACUGGUCAAUGACUCUAAUCAUAACACAUAUAUUUUUUAUUAUAAUGGAAGUCACUCUUGCUGUAGUGAAUCCUAUGAUUCGUCAACGUCUACAAGAAAAUUUUAAAAUGGCGAUUUUAAUUACGUGGCUAAUUGCCUUUCUCUUUGUUAUACCACCGUUAAUUUUUAAUUUACUGGCUAAAAGUUCGUCUAUUGAAUUCGUAGAAUGCCUACUAGUUACAUCCACUUAUGCUUUCUUGAAGCCAAUAUUUGUCUAUUGUUUACCUUGCGUAUUAAGUUUUUGUUUACUAUUUUAUGCUUCAUGUUGCGUAGAGAAGCAGAGGCAAAUUGGAGAAGAAUUAUGUUCAGAGAAUAGCCCUCUCCAAACAAAUGGUCAUCUUCCGACAAGUGUUACUAUGGUAAGAACUGCUGGUGACACAAUUGCUAUAACCACACAGCCAGCUACACCAGACAGCGAUACAAACAAGCCUUUCUCCUUAGCAUGUGAAGUCAAAGACAAAAAAGUCAUUGAACCAUCUACAAAAGAAAAUUCUGUAGAAAAUUCCAUAAAUAACAAUCAACAACAAAAUUCUGAAAACAGAAACAAUAUCUGUUCAGAAGUCAAUUCUGCAGAGAGUUCAAAAAAUGACAAAGUUGAUAACAACAAGGUUGAAACCAAUUUGCCUGAUACUUCUGUAUCCGAUAAUGCUAAAAACUUGGAGCAAAGUGAAACUUCAGGCAAAGUAACAGAGGAAAUGGAAAUAAUUUGUAAGGAAGCUAAAAUUCAACAUCGAAAUGAAACAUAUAUUGCGGAAAAUGAAACUGUAGAGACAUCUAAUUCGAUGUACAAUGAAAACCAGCCUGAUUUUGAACAAAAUAAGGAGUCUAAGGAAUCUAAUGAGUCUCUUGUUGAAAGUGAGUCUAAUCUUGAAGACAAUAAGGAAUCUACUGAACCAGGAGAGUGCCAUAAUGAAAAUGAAACAAUAAAAAAUACGUCUCCAACACUUUUAGUAACAGCUAGUAGUGUUAAGAAAAAAGAUGAUGACAAAACUGCAGAUAAUAAAACUUCUUUUCAUGAAGUUUUUUCAAAAUCCGUUAGUGAGGAUGAUCCUAAUUUUGACAUAACGGACUAUGUCUCAGACAGGAAGUCUGGUAAACAUCAACUUAACGCCAAACGACGAUCUUUAGAGCGGCAAAAUUUAGUUUGCGAGGAUGAUUUGGUAGUGGGAAUUGAUAAUCCAGUAUUUGAUAAUUCUUUAGCUGAGGAGAUACGUGUUAAAGAUCAUCCUGAACGAAGCAUUUCAAUGGAUGGUCAGCCGUCUAAACGUGAGAAUGUUAGGAAAUCUAUUUCGCUAGACGAAAUUAUUUUAGAAAAAGAACCAAAGCUACGACCUCGUCCAUCUAUUUUAUCCAGAGAUGGAAAACGAAGACAAGGAAGGAGCAGAAAGUCAGUUAAAUUUGGACAAAAUGAAAUGAGAACUUAUAACGUAAAAUCGGGAGCAAUGAGUCCAGUAUUUCCGGAACAUGAACUUAAAAAUGAAAAUACAUUAAGAAGAAAAAAUACUCCUCGCUAUCCUCGACGUAACUCUUCCUUACAAAGACAAAAUGCCUUAGAAAAUGGAGAAUUAUCAAAAAGUAAUGGUAAUGCUAAAUCACUGAAACCCAUGUCAUAUAUGCGACAAGUUAGCCAGGAGCAAGGAACGAAACUCCUUCAAAAAACAAGACAAAAUUCCGCUAUACUCCGUCUAGCCAAGUACUUUCUCAUUUCUAGUGUGUUUUUGACUAUACCUUUCUUGAUAGUUGAACUUGGUUGUGGUGUUUCUCAACAAUUUCGAGAUGAAACUUCCACUCAAACCAUCUUAGCGUUUAAAUGGACCUUCAUAAGUUCAUCAAUAAUCCAUCCUAUGAUUAUCUACACACUCAAUGCAGAUGUAAGAAAAGCCUUUAAGGUAACAUGUUGUUCUAAAUGAACAAUUGUCCUAUACCACUGUGUGGCAAUUUACUUACAUCUAUUGCAUUAUACUCCAAAUAAAACUUCCUAUAUACAGUUACUUCAAUUAAAAAAAAAUUAUUUACUUCCUUAAAACAACAAAAUAAUA